AUGUCAAAUCCUCCGCCGGAACCUCCUAAUCCCACCACCGUCAUCGCCAUCCCCACCCCCACCCCCACCCCCACCCACUCCACUUCUCCACGUCGCUCCUUCACAUUCCGCAACUGGCCUGGCGCAAAACCAAUCCCACUCGCACUGUCCAUAUCCGUCGGAGUCAUCGUCUGCUUCGCCAUUCCAAGACCUUCACAGGUCUCAAGAAAAGCAUGGCAGCUCUUCUCCAUCUUCCUCACAACAAUCGCCGGUCUCAUCCUCGGUCCCUUACCCGUCGGUGCUUGGGCCUUCGUCUGCCUAACCAUCUCCGUCGUCACCAAAACCCUAUCAUUCGCAUCUGCCUUCGCCGCCUUCACCAACGAAGUCAUUUGGUUGAUAGUUGCCUCGUUUUUCUUCAGCCGAGGGUUUGUGAAAACCGGAUUGGGUGAUCGGAUGGCAAUGUACUUCGUGCGGUGGUUAGGGAAGAGUACCUUGGGUUUGGCCUAUGGAUUGGCGAUUUGUGAAGCCAUAAUUUCCCCGGCGAUGCCGAGUACCACAGCCAGGGCCGGCGGAAUCUUCCUGCCGAUUAUAAAUUCUUUGGCGAUUGCUGGUGAGAGUAGACCCAAGGACGGUUCGGCUCGGAAGCUUGGUGCUUAUCUUGUUCAAUCUCAGCUUCAGUCAUCUAGUAGCUCGAGCGCUCUUUUCUUGACUGCUGCAGCUCAGAACAUGUUAUGUAUCAAGUUAGCCGAUAGUUUAGGGGUUACAAUCAAAGACCCAUGGAUCACAUGGUUCAAAGCUUCAUGUUUCCCAGCACUGGUUUCUCUUAUGUUAACUCCACUCAUCGUUUACAAGAUCUUUCCUCCUGAGACCAAGCACACUCCCGAUGCUCCUAUCUUGGCUAAAACUAAGCUGGAAGAGAUGGGUCCUGUCACAAGUAACGAGUGGAUCAUGUUAGGAACCAUGCUUGUUACAGUUGCAUUAUGGAUCUCCGGAGAGAGUCUCAACAUUUCAAGUGUAGUUGCAGCCAUGCUUGGUUUAUCGAUCCUGUUGAUACUAGGCGUGCUAACUUGGGACGAUUGCUUAAGUGAAAAAUCAGCAUGGGACACCUUAGCUUGGUUUGGGGUGCUCAUAGGCAUGGCAACUCAACUCACGGUUCUAGGCGUAGUUCCAUGGAUAUCAACUUGUGUGGCCAACUUUCUCAAAUCUCUUUCAGUCGGAUGGCAGCUCGCUUUACUUCUGCUUCAAGCCGUUUAUUUCUUCAUUCAUUAUCUAUUUGCGGGCCAAACAGCUCAUGUUGGAGCUUUAUAUUCCGCUUUCCUUUCGAUGCACCUAACAUCUAAGGUGCCCGGAUCGCUUUCUGCUUUGGCUUUGGCAUACAAUACAAAUCUUUUUGGUGCACUCACACAUUACAGUAGUGGUCAAGCUGCUGUUUAUUAUGGAGCUGGUUAUGUAAGACUCCCGGAUGUCUUUAAGCUCGGGAUCGUGAUGGCGAUCAUUAACACAACUAUAUGGGGAGUAAUCGGAGCUUCAUGGUGGAAGAUUUUGGGGCUUUAUUGAGUAAGAGUUGGAGAAUUCCUUAGAUUCAAGUGCUAUAUGCAUUUCCUAAAAAUAAAAAAUGCUUAUAGUACUCGAAUCUAACUACAUUAUUAAUUCAUACUUUCCCUUUCUUUUUUUUUCUUUUUUUGCAUCUUGUUUUGUAUAGUUGCAAUGAUAUAAAUAUAAUCAUAUAUAGAUACUAUUGAGUGU